UACAGGAGAACUUCUGCACAAAUGAUGAAAGGCCGGCAUCAAUUUCGUCGUCGUUUCAGUUUACAGCCGUCGUCGCUGAAGGAAGGUCAGGAAGAUGGAACGACCAAAAACGUUAAAAAUGAGAGACUGUCGGAAUCGGACAGCGGCGGUGGAAAACAGGUGGAGAGUUCCAUACGGCAUAAAAUCGUGGUGAUGGGCGCGGCGAAAGUUGGCAAAUCUGCGAUAAUCAACCAAUUCCUGUACAACACGUUCACGCCGAAGUACAAGCGAACAGUGGAAGAGAUGCAUCACGGUGAUUUCAACGUUUCCGGGAUACAACUGACGCUCGACAUCUUGGACACGUCAGGCUCGUACGAGUUCCCGGCUAUGAGAGACCUAUCCAUCAAAUCCGCGGACGCGUUUAUCCUCGUGUACGACAUUCACGAUGCUAACACGUUCCUAGAGGUGAAGACGCUCCGAACCCAAAUUCUUGAUACCAAAGGCGCCGUGCCCAUCGUCGUCGUUGGUAAUAAAGUCGAUCUGAUUGACUCCGAGCAGGAGGUGGACACAGAGAGCACGAGAGAGCUGGUGGUCAUGAAGUGGGAAAACGGUUUCGUGGAAGUGUCCGCCAAAGAGAACCUGAACAUCUCGCAGGUGUUCAAGGAACUACUGAUCCAAGCGAAACUAAAAUACAACCUGAGCCCGGCAUUGAGACGUCGUCGUCGGCAAUCGUUGCCACCGCCGCAGCAUUUGAACUCCCGCAGCAGCAGCACCCACGUCCCAUCGUCAACGCAACUGCAACAUUUGCAGCAGAUCCGCGAGCGUUCCGAUUUUAAAAGGAAUUCCUGCAUUCUCUCGUAAAGAGCUUGGCCUUGUCGCUACGUUUCUGCUGAUACGAAAGUGAGAGGGUUUUGGGAAUCGAAGGGCCAGGGCGAAGCUACAUCGCGGCGAUUCAAUCAGCGAUUCUGUUCGCUGAGAUCGAUCUAAUACGUCCUAUUCGAUGGUCCAAUGUCUUUGCGCGGCACACGCUCGACAUACUUCGAGUCGAUGGUCGAAUGUAGCCUUCCCAUCGAAAGAAUUGCUAAAGGCGUCGUAAAACGAUAAGAACGAAGGCGAACAUUCAGCCGAAGGAUUCAGCAUUGGCUGGUAACUUCUUCCUUUUCAGCGGUUGGGAACUCGAUUAGGUCGUUAGGACUCGAGAAAGCUAAGUGAAACCGUUUCCGAAUUGGGGAUCCCGCUUGCAAAUUUCAGGUUACAAACGGAGAACAUUUGCCACAUAGAUUGUCCCUAUCCGAUUCGAAACUUCACUGUUUAGCAUGUUUUUUCUUGAUGAAACGAUCCAAUGCAUUUCGAUUACUCGAUGUUUAUCGUUCGACAAUUCGAUGUGAGUAGCGCGAAUCAACGUACUUGAUGUGUCUCUGUUUCGUCUUCGAUUAAAAGAUACGUUCCGAAAAUUGGAAACCCACACUACUAGGUAGAAGCAGACACCGUGAAGAGAACAAUGGAAUACUCUGCGAUUACAAAAAGUGCAGGUCGCGAUAAUUAUUCCUUGUAACUUAUUGUUAGUCAUUCGGUUCUUCUCGCAGUCGAGAACAACACGUCCUUGUUCCCCUUUCUCGAUGCAAAAUGUUACAAUUUCAUUCGACAUUGCCGACCGAAUGAUGAAACUGAACCAAACGGUAUACAACGCCGUUGUCAGCAUAAUUAUUCCGAAUUACCAGAUCGUAGAAUUCCAAGUUUACAGAUAUGACAAAAUAUCUCACAAAGGUAUCCUAUUUCAGGGUUGUCUCCCACUGCCCACUCAUUACCUUAUUAUCCAUUUACAAACACGUACAACGGCCAAACAAUAUUUUGCAAAGCAUUAUUGGCUAGUCGAUUUAAUCUUACAUCAAGCAUUUGCCUACGCUGUUCUUUAUAUCGUUUAAAAUAAACAAUCUAUCGUUAUUUGGAAAGAAUAAUUUCAACGUAUUCGAUCUAUCGACUAAAACAGGCGACUGGAUCGCGUCAAAAGGAACGUUCUGCUCGUUGUUUACGACACGUACACUUCUAGUGAAAAACAUUGCAAAAACAAUGAAAGGUAUCAUUCUCCUAUUUAAUAUGGAAUAUCGAAUUAUUUGUCAAUUAAGAUGUGAGCGUGAACUUAUUGUACACGAUUGCCUUGCCCGGAACCUGAGUUACCGUGAAUACAAUAACGUUCAGGUAAAGUGAACAACCACGUACAAAACUCUGAUCGAUUUGCAGGUAGCUUUCUAAGUAGCAUCGUUGUACUUGGUAAAUUUGUUA